AAAGAAAAUAAUGGGGAAUACGUCUUGCAUGUUUUGUACCUGCGUCAAACAGGGGAAUAUCGGCGUGGUGGAGCGGUUUGGCCGGUUCGAGAAAUUGGCGGAGCCUGGCCUCCACAUAUUUAAUCCUUUCGCCGGUCAGUAUCUCGCCGGCAUCCUUUCAACCAGAAUCUCCUCCCUCGAUGUUCGCAUCGAAACCAAAACCAAGGACAAUGUGUUUGUGCAAUUGCUUUGCUCGAUUCAGUACAGAGUGGUGAAGGCACAUGCUGAUGAUGCAUUUUACGAGCUGCAAAAUCCCGAUGAACAGAUCCGGGCCUAUGUGUUUGAUGUUGUUCGAGCUCUAGUUCCUAGAAUGAAUUUGGAUGAUCUCUUUGAACAAAAGGGUGAGGUUGCUAAAGCUGUUCUUGAGGAACUUGGAAAGGUGAUAGGAGAAUAUGGAUACAGCAUUGAGCACAUACUGAUGGUUGACAUUAUACCUGAUCCUGCUGUGCGCACGGCAAUGAAUGAGAUAAAUGCAGCUCAAAGACUUCAGCUUGCCAGUGUGUACAAAGGUGAAGCUGAGAAAGUGCUCCAAGUUAAAAGAGCAGAAGCUGAAGCCGAAUCCAAGUACCUGGGUGGAGUCGGUGUGGCCAGGCAGCGUCAGGCAAUCACAGAUGGGUUGAGGGAAAACAUUUUGGACUUCUCUCACAAGGUGGAAGGCACCUCAGCCAAGGAGGUGAUGGAUCUUAUUAUGAUCACACAAUAUUUCGACACGAUCAAGGACCUCGGCAACUCCUCAAAGAACACUACCGUGUUUAUUCCCCAUGGACCUGGUCACGUUAGGGAUAUUGGUGAGCAGAUCCGGAAUGGGCUGAUGGAGGCAUCAACUGCUCAAAUAAAUGUUGAAUGAAUAUCAAGACAAAACAAUCUAAUAGGUUGGUAUUUGUGUUUAGAUUUGUUAUAUUCAUUGCGUGUACAUUGCAAUUGCUUUUGAUGGACCUUCGGCUCAGUCUCUGCAGGCCGUAGUGACCCAACUUUUCUUGCCAUUGGCUGUCGGCUGCAGUUGCAGGUACGUUUCUUGCAUUUCAGUGUCUUGGGCCAAUGGCUAAUUUUGGCUUUUAGAGCUAAACGCAUAGCUUAUAAUUCUGUUUCUUUUUCCGAAGAAAAUAAAUUCCACAAUUAAUUUUAUGUAAUAUUCUAUGGCUGAUUGAAUUAAUUUUAUGUGAUGUAUGUAACUAGAAAUGAAAUAAAAUCGUUUUUGUCCA